AAGACAGUUUGUUUUCAGUUAAAUGAUAUUUGUUAAAUAUGGUUGAUGUUGAUGAAGAUGUUCCUCAGCUCUCAGCAGAUACAUUCACUGCUCUAGCUCAGUUCUACGCUGAACAGGAGGAGCGUGAGAAGGAAUGGGAUGGAGAGAAUGCAGGAUCAGAGAUUAAAGAAGAUUGGCAGCUCAGUCAGUUCUGGUAUAGUUCGGAAACUGGAGAAAGUUUGGCAAGAAUGGUGAUGGCUGCAGCUGGUGAGAAGGGAUCUGUUGCUUGUAUAUCUGCUCCGACCUUGUACAAACAUAUCAAGAUGAUCAACAAGGAUUAUAAUGUCAAAGUUUUCGAAUACGAUAAAAGAUUUUCAUGUUACGGCGAGGAUUUUAUAUUCUACGAUUACAAGGCACCACUUAGUAUACCUCGAGAGCUUGUGGAAAACUUUGAUAUAGUGUUCGCCGAUCCGCCGUUUCUGUCAGACGAAUGCUUAACCAAGACGGCGGUAACUAUGAAGUAUGUUGGGAAGGGGCGGAUGGUUCUCUGUUCAGGAGCAAUAAUGGCGGAUAUGGCGGACAGAUUACUAAAUCUUAAACUUUGCAAAUUUCAGCCACAGCAUCAGAACAAUUUAGCAAACCAGUUUCAGUGCUUUGCAAAUUUUGAUUUUGAUGCAUUUGAUUGAUAAUCUUCCUUCUAAAAAUGUUUUUUUUUUAUUUUUCAGAAAAA